GCCCGGCGGGGAGCGGGGACGGGGGGCUGCCAUAGGGCCGGGACAGGGGGCUGCCAUAGGGCCGGGAUAUGCUGCUAUAGGGCCGGGAUAUGCUGCUAUAGGGCCGGGAUAUGCUGCUAUAGGGCCGGGACGGGCUGCGGGGCGGGCAGCCAAGGGACGGGGUCGGGGGCAGCCGGGACGGGGGUACACAUAGGGCCUGGGGGGGCCUGUAAGGCCUAGUAGGGCCUGGGGGUAUUUGUAGGCAUUAGGAGGGUGCAUGUAGGGCCUGUGUGGGCUAUAGGGCUUUUGUAGGGCCUGAGGGUGCUUAUAGGCCUUAAGAAGGCCUAGGGAUAUUAAUAGGGCCUUAGGAAGGCACGAGGGUGCCAGUAGGGCCUUUGGGGACUAUAGGGCUCCUGUAGGGCUCCUGUGGGGGCUAUAGGGCUCCUGUAGGGUCUGUGGGGGCUGUAAGGCUCCUGUGGGGGCUAUAGGGCUUCUGUAGGGCCUGGGGAGCCCCCCAAGGGCUGUUUGUAGGGCCUGCGGGGGUGCAGCCCUUUGGAGGGGGUUACCCAGAGGCCGCAGCCCUUCAGGUGGUGCCUUAAAGGCCUUUGGGCUGCGAUAGUGUUUGUAGGACCCGGGGGGGUCUGUGUGGGUGCAGAGCGGAGCUGCGGAGCCCCAGGUUUGGGGUGGGGGGGGUGACGUACCCGUGGACCCCGCCCGCACUGGGAACGCGGCCCCGGGCCCUGCAGGGGGAGCAUGGCCUGGGCGCUGAAGCUGCCGCUGGCAGAUGAGGUGAUCGAGUCGGGGCUGGUGCAGGAUUUCGAUGCCAGCCUGUCGGGCAUCGGGCAGGAGCUGGGAGCGGGAGCCUACAGCAUGAGCGACGUCCUGGCGCUGCCCAUCUUCAAGCAGGAGGAAUCCAGUUUGCCUCCAGAGAACGAGAACAAAAUUCUGCCCUUCCAGUACGUGCUGUGUGCGGCCACGUCACCCGCUGUGAAACUGCAUGAUGAAACACUCACCUACCUCAACCAAGGGCAGUCCUAUGAGAUCCGUAUGCUGGACAACAGGAAGAUCGGGGAGCUGCCCGAGAUCAAUGGGAAGCUGGUGAAGAGCAUUUUCCGGGUCGUGUUCCAUGACCGACGGCUGCAGUACACGGAGCACCAGCAGCUGGAGGGCUGGCGAUGGAACCGGCCCGGGGACAGGAUCCUGGACAUAGAUAUCCCGAUGUCUGUGGGCAUCAUUGACCCGAGAGCCAAUCCCACCCAGCUCAACACCGUGGAGUUUCUGUGGGACCCUUCGAAGAGGACGUCGGUGUUCAUCCAGGUGCACUGCAUCAGCACCGAGUUCACCAUGCGGAAGCACGGCGGGGAGAAGGGGGUGCCAUUCCGGGUGCAGAUCGACACCUUCAAGGAGAAUGAGAACGGGGAGUACACGGAGCACCUGCACUCAGCCAGCUGCCAGAUCAAGGUGUUCAAGCCCAAAGGAGCCGAUCGGAAGCAGAAAACAGACCGUGAGAAGAUGGAGAAGCGCACCCCGCAUGAGAAGGAGAAGUACCAGCCCUCCUAUGAGACCACCAUCCUCACCGAGUGCUCUCCGUGGCCUGAGAUCACCUACGUCAACAAUGCACCAUCUCCUGGCUUCAACAGCUCCCACAGCAGCUUCUCCAUUGGGGAAGGGAAUGGGUCUCCAAACCACCAGCCUGAGCCCCCCCCUCCGAUCGCAGAUGUAAGUCACACUUCAGAGCUUAUGCUUGGGAACCUGCUGCCCACCAGCACACCCCAGGAGGCCCAACAGUGGCUGCACAGGAACCGUUUCUCCACAUUCUCCCGUCUGUUCCGGAAUUUCUCAGGUGCAGACUUGCUGAAGCUGACCAGGGAAGAUGUCAUCCAGAUCUGUGGCCCUGCAGAUGGCAUCAGGCUCUUCAACGCGCUGAAAGGACGGAUGGUGCGGCCCCGGCUGACCAUCUACGUGUGCCAGGAGUCCCAGCAGCUGCAGGAGCUGCAGCAGAAGCAUGAGGACGGCGACGCGGUCACCAGCACCUUCUUUGUGUACCACGCCAUCUACCUGGAGGAGCUGACGGCGGUGGAGCUGACGGAGAAGCUGGCUCAGCUCUUCAGCAUCUCCUCGCAGCAGAUCAGCCAGAUUUACAAGCAGGGUCCUACAGGGAUACACGUGCUGAUCAGUGAUGAGAUGAUUCAGAACUUCCAGGAUGAAUCCUGCUUUGUUCUGGAUACCAUGAAAGCCGAAACCAACGACAGCUACCACAUCAUCCUGAAGUAGGAGGAGGGUGAUGAGGAACAGCCACGGUGCUCCCAUGGACUGUGAGUCCCCCUCACUUCCAGCACCGGGACAUGAGAGCGGAGAUCCAGAAGCUCCCAUUGGCCUCAGAACCCAGAGCUGCUCCUUCUCAGCCCUUUCCUCGCCCUCACAGCUGCAAAGCACCCAUGGGUGCUGCUACUGCUGGCUCAAUGGGCAGAGUUCAGCUCUGGGACCUCAAAGCUGCACGAGGGUUUUUCCUGGCUCCGUUUUACCAGCAGCUCCUGUGACGUUCAGGCUGGUGAGAGGACAUGAAGGAAACCAGCCCGGUGCUGCCGGCCCCGUGGGGCUGAGCGGGUCUCAAUCACACACACGGGGUGGUGGGAGAGGCCUGGCAGGGAUUCCCUGCAGCACUUUGGCUGUGAUGGAAGUUGGGCUGUUGGGCUUUUUCUCCUUUCCUCCACCAUGGAAGCGCUGUUGGGACCCGCAGGGAUCACCCAGCCCAACUCCCCACAGGACUCACCCAAAGGGGGGGCAGUUUGCUGCAUGUUUUUGUGGUUUCAAGUGAAAGGGAGAAAAAUCCCCCAUUCCUGGGCUGGAAACCUGGAGAUGGACCAGAGCACUGAGCUCAUGGCUGCAAUUGUGUCCUGCCCCAGCUCUGCAGAUGGAAAUGGGGGGAAAUGGGGUGAGUUUGGGACUCAGCCUCAAUGGGACAUUCAACUCAACUCAAUGGGAUGCUCAGCUCGAUUCAAUGGGACAGUCAGCUCAAUGGGACACUGAGCUCAGUGGGAUGCUCAGCUCUAUGGGACACUCAGCUCAAUGCAAUGGGAUGCUCAGUGGGACCCUGAGCUCAGCUCUAUGGGAUGCGUUGCUCUAUGGGAUGCUCAUCUCAUCUCAAUGGGACAUUGAUGUCAAUGUGACGCUCAGCUCACUGGUCUCAAUGUGCCACUCACCUCGGAGCUGUUCUCAGCCCAAUUCAAGGUUCGGUUCGGCCCAAUGCAGCCGCCCCCCCCCGCCUCCGUGUGAUCCCCAGCUCGGCCCAAUGGCGGUUCGGCUGCAGAGAGGACCCGGUUCGGUUCUGCAGAUGGACUCAUUGCGUUCAAUGGGGCUCAGCUCGGUUCGGUUCGGCCCAGCGGUACCGCAGCUCGUUGUGCAGGAUGUGGAUCCGCUCCAGUCGGUACCGGGGGGUUCGGGCGGUACCGGGGUCGGUACCGGGGGUUCGGGUCCCAUCCCGCUGUGUAACGGAGCCGGGUCCGGUAAAGUUUUGUACGGAC